AUGACCAUCAGAGUGUGGGCUGGAUUUGUUGGACCAACUCCCAAUGAUACAGAAAUAACCAUUUCAAUUCCAAGAAUUGACAUUGGUAUAGAUGUGGCAAACACUGAAACUCAAAUAAGAGCAUUGGCUUCAAACUCAUCGAAAUGA